AACCUUGUUGUUUCACGCAUCCUCUGUCCUGGCCUGCUUCGGCGCACAGGGUAAAACUUCCAUCCUGGCUCGGAUGGCGGGUCUACUUUGAGAUCUGGUCUGUUCAUCCCAUACACGUUUAAUGAGGCCUCUCAUGCUUUCCCAUGCCGGCUCUGACACCACAUGCACAUGCAUGUUUGUCCUUAUUUCUUUCCUUCAAAAGUUAUGGUUGCAAGGAUGUCUCCUACAUCUCCCGGGCUUUGAAAACAUGAACUUGUCAUCUUUGUGUCUCCUCUCCUCUCGCGACGGCUUCGGGGUUGGUGGUGCGAGCAUGGCAGGUAGCAUUUGUUGGCUUUGUGCUGGGCGCGGAUUUUGAGGAAGAGUUGGCAAUUCUGUACGCUUCUCAAAUAGACGUUUGUGCUCGGGCAUGUAUUUAGGAUUAUGGUAGAUUGCAAAAUGGCUUGUCCACUCCACUGCCUGC